UCUCUUCACAUGGGCGGCCUAAAAUCUGGAAAUACUGCAGAGCAUGCAGUUGUUUGCAAAGAAACCUGGUCAUUCAAAAAAGAAAAAUAAUUGAAGUACUAACUACCUGAAUUGUUUCUUUUUAUAUAGUUUCUGCGGUAUAUUGUCACGCUUUGCGACCUGUUAUUAUUACUAUUAUUAUUAUUGUUGUUAAUAUUAUUAUUAUUAUACUCAGGUUUACUCUUUCUAAGACUCUUUCUUUAUUUCAGCGUGAAUACGUUUAUAUCGCUUGCAAUCUCUGGCAAGAAAUUACGAAACUUCAGCAUCAUUACCUGCGGCAACACCCGCCCCUCUGCGCGCUCCCGUGCCUGCGAUCUGGGAACGAUCGUCAAUUUUAAGUUGCCAAGUUUUCUGGGCAGGCUGUCGAGCAAGGAUCCGAAGCUAAAAUGACAACAUACAUCGAUAAAGGUGAAAAGCAUGAGCGAGGCAGGUUUAUCUGCUUCGACCACAUCACCUUCUGGGUCGGCAAUGCGAAACAGGCUGCUUCCUUCUAUUGCAACAAGAUGGGAUUUGAACCUCUAGCCUACCAAGGACUGGAGACAGGGAACCGGGACGUGGUGUCCCACGUGGUCAAGCAGGACAAGAUAAUUUUUGUUUUCUCAUCUGCACUGAAUCCCGGAAAUAAAGAGAUGGGGGAGCACCUGGUGAAGCAUGGCGACGGGGUCAAAGAUGUCGCCUUCAGUGUGGAGGACCUCGACUUCCUAGUUCAGAAAGCCAAAGAGCGGGGAGCCGUCAUCCUGAAGGAGCCCCAUGUGCUGGAAGAUGGACAUGGUUCUGUGAAGAUGGCUGUUCUUCAGACUUAUGGUGACACCACACACACCCUCGUGGAGAGAAAGGCUUACACAGGCCUCUUCUUGCCUGGCUUCCACUCGCCUCCCUUCCAGGAUCCACUGCUUGCUAAGCUGCCAAGUGGCAAUCUGAAUUUCAUCGACCAUGUGGUCGGGAACCAGCCGGACAGCGAGAUGAUCUCGGUGGUGGAGUGGUACCGGAUGAAUUUGCUGUUCCACCGCUUCUGGUCGGUGGAUGACAAGCAGCUACAGACAGACUUCAGUGCCUUGCGGUCUAUAGUGGUAGCCAACCAUGAGGAAACAGUGAAGAUGCCCAUCAAUGAGCCAGCCCUGGGGAAACGCAAGUCCCAGAUCCAGGAGUAUGUGGAGUACUACGGUGGCCCGGGGGUCCAACAUAUCGCCAUGAACACGUCAGACAUCAUCACAGCUAUCCGUAACCUGAAGGAACGUGGAAUGGAGUUCAUGACCGUUCCGGAAACUUACUACCAGCAGCUAAGAGAGAGACUAAAAGUGUCUAAAGUGAAGAUCAGCGAGGAUUUGGAUGUUCUGCAGGAGCUGAAGAUCCUGGUGGAUUAUGACGAUCAUGGGUACCUGCUCCAGAUCUUCACCAAGCCUGUACAGGACCGGCCUACUGUUUUCCUGGAAGUCAUUCAGCGACAUAACCAUCAGGGUUUUGGCGCCGGAAACUUCAAGUCCCUGUUUGAAGCCAUCGAAGCCGACCAGAACGCCAGAGGAAACCUGACUGUGCUGACCCCCACUGGCCUGUCAGAGUCCAUGGUGCUGACACGCUGCAGAUGAAGACAGAUUGCAACAAGACUCAUUUAAAACACUUCAGCUGGUAUUUGAUCCUUUUGGAAGGAAUCAUUUGUGCGUUUCCGUGUCUGUGUAAACGUGCGCAUGUGUGUAAGUGUAUAUAUAAACAAUAAAUACAGUUUAGCUUUGCAUGAA